GCAGAUUGUUUGAACACCAAUACUCAACUCUGUGAUUUGCUUGAAUAGGCACGGACAAAAACAGAGGAUAUAGGCCUAAUCCGUACGAAAAUUAGAUAUAAUUUUUUAAAAAUUUUGUAAAUAAUAUUGGAAAGAUGAGUAGUGAUCCGAAAUUAGCAACUUUCCUACUAGAAGACGUAGAGAAACAGGUUGUUAUAGCUUCGUCUGGCAACGAUGGUAGACUUUCUGCAAAUUUAACUAUGUUAGCCGGUCAAGAUGGGAGUGUAAUGUGUGUACUAGCAAACUCAGAUGAUGAUGAUGACAGGAGCAACGAUAAAGGCUUAAAGAGGAAGUCGCAAGAAGGUGAUAAAUGCGGUAAAGGUAGGAUUUUUUCUCACUUAUUCACUUCUCUGUCCCAACCCAAAAAAGAGGAUAUUCGUGGAAUGCCUUCAUGCUAA